AGAGAGAGAGAGAGAGAGCGGGUAGAUAGUUAGAGAGAGAGAGAGAGAGAGAGAGACUAUCACCUGCCAGGCUGUUCUCCCGGAGAGCGCGGCAGGACCGCUUUCAGUUCUUCGACGCAGGGAGAAGUUGUUGUUGUUCCUCCGCUGCUCUGUUCGCUUUCUCGGUCAUGGUGGUGUCCAGAAACCCGGUAGAAGAGCGAAUGUGGGAUUAAGGCGCAGUAAUGGAGGCUACCGCUUUAUCACAGGACAGUGAGAAGUUCACCUCAUCCAGGCCUAGACAAAGACACAGAGUCUCACGUCACGCUCUGUGUCCUGCAAACAGCAUGGGGAGAAACAAGGCAUCGGCUGUUGCACGCUGACCAAAGUGAAGGGAAAAAAAGUGUGCUUUGUGAAUGCUUCCUAUUCAGACACAUCUUCCGUGGUCCUACAGAGCCUGACACCAAAGGAUACUGCUUCACGCUGGAUCAGACUGUGAACCCAGACAGCCUUCAUGUUUGGCAUGAAUCAGUCUGAAAGGGUGGAGCUCUGUUUGCUUUUUUCAAAUGUAUUAUACUAACUGUUCGGAAACCCGAGAAGAUAUUUAAUCAAGGUGGAACACACAGGUGUUGCUCUGCCCCUUCCCUGACAUCGGCGGCAUUCCAAUUCCUUUAUUAAAAGCAACAUGUCGGAGCUAGACGACUUCCCACCUCAACCUUCUCGAGGCCUUCAGCAAGCCGAUCCAUCCCGUAUUCAGCAGGACAUCCUAGAGGAGCAGGUGGAGCUGUGGUGGUUCAGCGAGCCACGGAAAUCUCUGCUGUGUUACAGCGCCUCUGUGGCCCUAGUGGUGGGCUGCGGGGUGGGUGGCGUCGGCCUGCUAUCCAGCACCACCAGUUUGUCAAGCGAGUGGCGUCUGGGCGCGGGCACGACACUGUGCAUGCUGGCAUUAGCCGUGGUCCUGAAGCAGCUGCUCAGCUCAGCUGUGCAGGACAUGAACUGCGUGCGCAGCCGGCAACGCAUAGACGUCCUGAAAAGCGGAGGCUUGUCCGACAUCCUGGUCGUACUCCUCACUGGACUUUCCUUGCUCAUCUGCGGAGCCGUGCUGCUCAAUGUAGCUCUGGGAUACCACAUGCCUAAACCGGGCCAGGCUCUCAACGAUAUGUUUAUAUCAGGAGUGGUUUUGUUGGCAGGUGGAGGGUUCACGGUGGUGGCCGUCACCGUUUACUCAGUUGUGGUUUUCUUUUUGGCGAGGAUAAGACCCGAGCGGCGCCUGAGAGACAGAAUGCUGGGAAUUUUCACUGUAUCUGGGCAGAUGCGUGCCCGGCGGGAGACGGCGUCGAGCCUGGCGCAACUCAUAUAAUGAUGGAUAUAUAUAUAUUUGUGGCUUGAACAAACUUACAGAAACUAUAUAGAAAGUGGGCUGUUUAAAUCUUUAUUUUUUUUCAGUAACUACUCUCAAGAAGAGGUGAUCAAUAAAGCAGCACAGCCACUAUUGAACAUUUUGCACAGAUUGAUUGAUGAAUGUAUAAAACUACAGCAAUGGUGGUACAAAAACACAUAUUGUAUUAUUAGCUCUUUAUUAAAUAUACACAUGUACUGGUCUCACUGUGCUCUGAAACCAUGAGUGAGACCAUAUUUAUGGGUCUCACUCCCCGACACCCAAAGCCUUUUACUGUUAUGCAGCGUCAAGUUUUACACUGAACGAAACAAUGAAUUCUUUUUUAGAUCAAACAUGUUGGCUCUUCGCAGCACAACCGUUGCCUUCCAAACAUAUUAAUGAGCUUUACCAAACAUCAAUUCACCAUCUGUGGGGAAUUGACUGUGUGUCCUUCACACGUUUAUUUAUGUGGGCGAAGAGGCGUGUCCCAAACGGAGAUCCAUCUGGACCUUGCUUGUCAGAGCUGUGUAAUGUGUGUUCGAACGUAUCAGCCGUGUCGGUUUGCAUGUUCGUGAUUUUAUACCGUGACCUCUCUGUGGCUCUGAGACAGCAGUACACACUGUCGAUCAAAUAAAACCAGCUCCUCACCCAGUAAGAGUGAAGAAACUG